UGGCUAUUGGAGGAUAACUCGUCUCUGCAACAAGGAAACUGCAGUGGUUUCUUUCCAGACCUGUUUUAAAUGAGAUGACGUCGGGCAUCCAGUGUUUACUCCCAACCUUGAGUUUGGUGUCACUUUUACUAUGUCUCCGAACCCAUUUUGUGUUCAGUCACCCGCCAGUCACAACCCGUCCUCCUGACGUAGCUCAACCAUGGAAUUUGCAUGGGAUUCCUGGUGAUGGUUAUUACACUGAAGUGGAAAUUGGGACUCCACCACAGAAGUUCAAUCUUUUGGUGGACACUGGUAGCAGUAAUCUGGCAAUAGCAGGCGCACCCCAUGAAGAACUCGAGAGUUACUACGUCCAUCAGAGGUCCUCGUCAUAUGUUGACCUCAGCAAGGAUGUCAAAGUGGUGUACACCCAGGGUAGUUGGCAAGGGCACUUAGGCCGUGAUUUGGUCUCGUUUCCAAAACUUCCGAACACAGAGCCACUGGUCACCGAUCUGGCUCUCAUUACAUCCUCGGACAACUUUUAUGUUAAUAAUUCCCAUUGGCAGGGUAUCAUAGGCCUGGCAUUUGCGGCCCUAGCUCAGCCAAAAGGUGACGUCGUUCCAUGGUUUGACGGCCUCACUGCCAAAAACCACACAGCUAACAUUUUCACUGUCCAGUUGUGUGGGCCCUUCAGACAAGGAAACGUCACUCGCCACCAAGGAAAGCUUUACAUUGGAUCUGAUGCCGGUGAUUGUCCCGCACCGUCAGUCACAAGCCCAAUAAGAAGGCCGUGGUUUUACGAGGUCCUUGUCGUUGCCAUGGCCAUAGGCAAGAAAGUCUUAGACAUACCAUGUGUCAAGUACAACACUGCCAGCAGCAUUGUUGACUCUGGCACAUCCAACCUUCGAUUACCCUCUGAGGUUUUCAAAGCCGUUCUCUCAGAGUUACGCAGACAAACAUCAGCAACAGAGCCCCCUCUGCCAGAAGAUUUUUGGUCUGGGAGUGAGGAGAUCUGCUGGCAGCCAGAGCACCAGGUAUGGGAUGCCUUUCCAAACAUAACAAUCCAUCUGGCCCACAGUAACAGCUCAGCCUUCACCAUCGCCAUUCCACCAUUGUCGUACCUCAGGCCAGCUCUAGACAUUUCCGAAACUGGCGAUUGCUGGGUACUGGGCAUCGAGGAGUCACACACAGGCACAGUGCUAGGCGCUGUCAUUUUGGAAGGACUCUGUGUAACCUUUGACCGCGCUCGUGCCACAGUUGGGUUUGCUGAAUCAUCAUGUGGACCAGAUGUGAAACUGAGCAGUGUUUACAAUGGAUCAGACUGGCAUUCAUGUGUUUACAUGCCAAGUACGGUGGAUGGGCUGACACUCGCCUCCUACAUCAUGCUGGGACUGUUGGCACUCCUCUCAGUGCCGCUGGUGCUCGCUGCUCUACGCUGGGCCUGGAGGUCAUUUGUAGUGCCAAGGCUCAACCCAGAAGUGCCGUUCCUGACCCUGGACGAGACCAACACCUGAGACACCUGAGCAUUAGGGGUUUGGCAUUGUAUUUCUUGAUGUUUUGGUGUUCAGUCACUGGUUCAGAGCUGGAAGCCAGGUGUCUACGUGCGCACGUUUGGAAAGUCGUGAGUUUUCUGCCGCGGUAAAUUUUGAAAGGGUUAGGGGAAGAAAGUGAUGUUCUGUCAUUUGUUAUUGCGGGGAUUUUGUUGUCUUGCAAUAGGAUUUUUUUUUAUGUGCUAAGUGAGUAAAGAGUAAACGACUUAAUGCCAUUCCAUAUCAUAUGUAUGUUUCGCCAAGACAAACAAACAAAAUUAAGAUAAUCAGUCAUGAUUUUUAGUCUACUGUGUUGGUGCUAUUGUCAGUUGCAUUUACAUUGAAAUCAUCACCUCAAUUUACAGUACUGUAAGUGCCCAAAAAUGUACAUUUACAUUUAUGAAUAUACGAAGUACAUGGUAACACAAAACCAGAUAAUGGUCUUUGGAAGUGUGUAUAUAGUCUGAUUUUUUUUUUUCUAUAAUUAAUGUCUUCUAGAAUAAUACUUUGAAGUCACAUCCAUAUAGAAUGUUAUAUGAGUGUGAAAUAUUGAUUUUUGUAUUGUUAGAUUCUAAAGGUUAGAGCAAUCUAGGUAAUAUAGCUGUUUUUUGUGAUUGAACUGCCUUGACUUAAAAGUAUCUUAAAUAUCAUUGUGUGUUAUCUUUUUAUGGAAUGUUGGUAAUUAAUAAUAUGUAAUUGAGUGUAUAUAUGUG